AUGACUGAAAUCAAUACAGCGAUACCAAUUGAAGAAUCAUCUGGCAUAAAGCUUGAUCCGGAAAAAGAAUCAUCUGGUAUAAAGCUUGAUCCGGAAGAAGAAUCAUAUGGUAUAAAGCUUGAUCCGGAAGAAGAACGAAUUUUAAAGGAUCAGAUUGAUGUUCCUGAAAGAAAAGAAUCAUAUAUUACUUUAUACCGAUUUGCUACAAAACUUGAUUGGAUAAUAAUGUUUAUUGGGUUAGUGUUUUCAAUGGUCACAGGGGCUGCCAUGCCUCUAAUACCGACCUUUGUCGGAAAUAUGAUCGAUAAUUAUGCCCGUUUUCAAAAUCACUCUAUAAGUAUUAUUGAUUUUAAUGAAAGUGUAAACCACCUUACAGUAAUUUUUGUAUGCAUCGCCAUUGUCGUUUUUGUUGCUACAUAUAUAUCUAUAGCUACUUGGGUAUAUACUGGUGAAAGGUAA